UUAUCGCACUCCUCAAGUAAUUGACUGAGAAACGAUCUAAAUUAUGAAAUAACUACGACGAUAUCUCGUAAAAGUGCAAAAUGUCAAAAGCCUGAAAACUGGUUAUCUGUACUUCACACAGAAAACCGAUUGCAGGCUAUUUUAACUUUUGAUCAAUAUUGCAACGUGUCUCAUCAAUUCCCAUUCCACAGUAAGCUGUUCUAGUUUUCAUAUUGCUGUUACUACCUGCGUGUUUGUGUGUAUCACAACAAGACAACAACUAUUGCGCGAGACCUCGACAAUGCAAGGGCCACGUUUAAAUUCAGAAAGAAAGCAAAUUGUAUUCCUCUGCGGGUGUUUCAACAUCCGAAUGCUCGACACCGGUGUGUACACCGGAACGUCUUGAAGAUUAUUUUCUUUUCGCAUGACAAACAUCCAACGAUAUAACUUCCCUUUCUGCUAUACGGUCUUUAUGAUAAAAGUAUUUCAUUACAACUGCUAAUUGUUUUGGUUUUCCAUGUUUCGCAAAAGAAAACGUAUGUAGGAAAAAAACACAUAAGAUUUUGUAAGGGAAUCUAGAGUGAUCCGCCUGGUUGAAAAAGAAUUCAGCAAUUCUUUGGUAUUCCAAACAUUUUUUUCGUUAUCGUGUUACUAGGAAAACAAAAUCGUUAUCUUAAAAGCAAACAAAAUCUACUUCCCUUAUAGCUUAUAUUUUCCAUCGCUGUUGACUUGUGAUUAAGCUAAGUACCAACGCUAGCACAUUUGUAUAGUGUUGUAAGAGAUAGAUGUCUCUAAGAUGAUAAUGUUAGCGGAACCAAGAAACGCCGAUUGCCCAAGGCCAGAUAGAAAAAAAAAACACUGUUGAUAAACGAAUUCGAAAUUUCACGAGUUCGAGAGCUGGAUUUGUGUGCUGAUACGGGCAGUAGUGAUUAGAAUGGCGACAGUUAUCUUUAGACAUAGCAGAGCUAUGUUAUCAACUUAUCGUUAGGUGGGAAGACGAGGAAGAAUGAUAGUUGUCAGAUGGAAAAACUACAAGCCAUGUUUUUCUUCUCAUCUUAGAGGAGAUAGCGAACGUGGGCACACCCUUUCACAUACACAUUAAGCGGGGUAAAUUGGUUUCAAGAGCACUUCUCUUACGAGUUAAUUUCGUUUACUUGUUAGCUGCAAAUCAAUUGAAUUAAUUUAUUUAACUUGAGUAAUGUUGAUUACAGCCUUAAGCUUUCUUAGCUCGAUUCGUACAAUGACUUGAACAAACUCGGAGUAACGUUCGUUCCAUGGCUCAUUUUGUGUUCAUACCAAUGGCGACCAUUCAUAAUUACUUAAACCCGACGACUAAUAUUGAUAUCAUGACGGAAUACCAGAUAUCCACUGUGAUCCAAAUUAGUAAUCUCUUAAAUUCAAAUUGUAUGGUUGUAAUUACACUUAUCGUACCGGCCAUUACCGCGAGGAAUGCACUGCGAACCCGCAUUUGGAGCGCGUGCACUUCAGCUCAAGUUUGAUCAAGAUAGUCCACUCCUGUCAUCUUGAGUUCACCAUCUAAUCAACGCACGCCCAAAUAACGCAACAAUACCAUUCACAAACAAACACAACGUCCAAUAUUAUUAUUACCCUGAGCUGUCACAAAGAUUUUUGCCCUACCGCUCAUAUAGCAAUCAAAAAGACUUAAAAUCACUUAAAAUCAAAUUACAAUUUGCCCGAAUCACUCGUGCGUGCGUUAGCAGCGUUAUGUCAAGGCCAGAAUCUGAUUCUUGGCAGAGAAACGAUCGUUAAAAUUUGACACAAACGCAGGUUUCCCUGCUUAAUUAGCAUUCCAUUAUUAUUUGCUAAAGGUGAAUCACUCGUUUCAAUUACCCUUUAAUUACCGGCUGUGUAUACACAUGAAAAUUACUUCCCGUGCAACUCGAUAAUAAGGACACAACAAUAUUUGUAUUUUAAAAAGGUCUAAUUGAUUUCCAUAAAAUUUUGUUUUGCAAAAGCAUCUGAUACUAUCAACGAAAGCCCCCCGUUGAUCCUGGCUAUUUGUUUUAGGCAUUAGGAGAAACAAUCGACAAUAUUCUUUCUUUUGUGCCACUGAGAAGAUGGACAAACAAUCGCUUCGGGGGCUAUUCGAACCUAUUAUUGCACCGUUCACCACCCCCACUCUAACCAUCACAACACUUGCAUAGACUCCAAGGCUAGUUUGCGCUUCGACGUCAACCCAUACCAUAUGGACCUCUUAAUUUCCGUCCAAGAUGUAACAUGGACUUUUACCUUUAAGUGCUCGCAUUAACCUUAAUUACUGUACAAGUGGUUUCUAAACCAGGCGGAAAACUGUACAAAGGCGAUCGGAGUCGAAAAAGGAUGUAUAUCUGUCAAGGGAAAUUAAAGGAGUUUCACUCUAUUUUGGUGAGAUUGUUCUCUUAUAGCUUGAGGCAUUUUAGUGUUUGUAGAAUGAUCGAUGCCACCACGCCGGCACAAACAAAAGAACUACCUACCCGUAAAUUGGUUUUAAUCUGAACCAAUGGGAGCAAUUUAGUAGUUAUCGGAUCUCUUAAAGAUGACUCCUUAGCGGCCCUGUGGUUGGCUGUCAUUUAUCAACAACAAAUUUGCCUGAUAAUGACACAAUUAUCUUAUGCCCUAUUAGGCAGUGUCUAAUAUGCUCGAAUGACAACUGGUGAAAUGGCUAUUCACAGCAGGUUAGGCCCAGUGCAGUGGAAUAAAGCCAGAGCAAUCUGACCGUGCUAAGACAUUCCACACAAGCCCGUACCGGUGCGAGAGAGGUUGUAGGUCCGUUUGCUUUUCCACUCACUGUUAAGUGACCCAUUCAAAGCUGCAUGUAAUGGAGGCGGAUCGCGAUUUGCCUUCUCCUUCUAAGGCCGUGCCUACCACAUCUACUGCUAGUAUUACUUCUCGGACGAGCUCCUUCUCUGUGGAGUCUCUGAUAUCGAAACCGGAGCAGCAGCCAAGCAACAAGCGUAAGCCAUAUACGCCAGGACUACAAAGCAACUUCUCGGUAGAAAGCAUUUUAGAGAAACAGUCGUCGCGAGACGAGGAGUCACAGCAGCGAAAAGUUGCGACGACGACGGCAGAAGCCGGUAAGAAAAGUUCCGAGGAUGGCAGUACGACGGAAGAUUUUCCAUGGAUGCACUCAACACGAUAUGACCCUCCGCCGAGAAUACGUACAAGACUUAGUCCUUCCAAGUGCCAAUUACGGAAACACAAAGCGAAUCGCAAGCCCCGGACGCCAUUCACAACUUCUCAACUCUUGGCACUCGAACGAAAGUUUCGUCAAAAACAAUAUCUGUCUAUUGCGGAAAGGGCUGAGUUUUCUGCAUCAUUAAACCUAACGGAAACGCAAGUGAAAAUAUGGUUUCAGAAUCGCCGCGCCAAGGCAAAGAGACUACAUGAGGCAGAACUAGAGAAACUGAAACUCGCCAGUAAGCCUUAUAUUGCUCCAGGGUAUCCGUCUUCGAUAGGGAACGUUUCAAUGUGCUGUGAUUCAACAUGCAGUGCAGGGCCGUACUCGAUGCAGCCGUACUCGCAUAUGGGACUUUCUGCUGCUAGCAGUUAUAGUCAAUCACUGGCGUACAUGUACAAAGGACCUUACGGAAUGCAUCAAGGCUUCCCAGGUUUUCUGCACCCGCAUUAGUUUAUUCGAUACACCUCUGAUUCGCUAGAGUCACGAAAACCGACAAAGGUGUAUACAAAUCUAAUUAGUACUCCUUAUUCAAAGUGUGAAAUAGCAAGAGAAAUUAACUACAACCGACACCUAUAUAUUAUGUGAUUUGUAUAGAAAUUUAGUUUGACUUUCUUUGAAAGAGUCUUCAAUGCUAUUUGUGUUCAAUGCUAGGUUGGAUGCUUUCACAGAAUUUUGUUCCAUUGUUGUCGUGUAUACGGACUCGCACUUUUGAAUAGAGGCAAAUCAGAAAGUAUUUCUUAUAAUUUUUUUCUAAUCGCAAAGUGCAAUUAGGGCCUUUUUGGAUUUUUUCUCAAUUCAAUAGCUUUUAGAUUGCAUUUUUCAGUUCUAGCGCAGCUCUAGCGUAAUUAGUUUGCGUGUCUUCCUCAUGAGGUUUUAUACUUGGUGCCUUCUAAACCCAAAUUUACGAGACUUUUAUGUGAGAUUUUGUUUCUUAAUGAGUUGUAGAGCCAUCGUUUUGAGCGUAACUUCAGCCCUACUUUGAUGUCGUUUUGCGUUUGCUCUUGCAGAACUCAGUUAAGUACAUACUUAACAAUGUGUUUACAAGACUUAGGAAAUGAACUCAUCUUUCUUACCAAGCCAGUUCGCCAAGAACAAUCUGUAAAUAUAUUUGAAGCUCUUAUCUAGUACGCCAAUUUAUCGGCGUAGGACCCCAAAGUAAUUCAAUCUUUAUUUAACUUUUAAUGCAAGUGGGCUAUUUAGCCCUUGUUGAUAGAAAAUAUUUUAUUCUGUCUCGUCACAGGGUAAUAAAAAGAAAAAAACUA